CCUUCCAUGAUCGUCACCAGUUGCUUCCAUCGGAUGUCAUUGCCUUGAGACUUUUGACAGAUCGUUGAACGUGCGAUACCCUCUUAAUACCAUCCAUAUCAACGAUUAUCAGCGCAUUUCAACUUUGAAGGGCUCGUAUUUUUGUGAUACCUUCAGUAACCACAGUCAGACAAAAAGCGACAAAGUGGCGAACCUUCUUUGGACAACGCAGAAGGGGGAAGCUGCUGCAACGGCUGGCCAAACUGCAGCGCCUCCAGUCGAAAAGCCCAAGCCCAAGAACACCAUGGUCCAGCCAACAAGCGCGCCGUCCGCACCAGCGCUCACUCCCCAGUUUUGCUUUUCGACAGCAGCUCUACGAGACUUCCUACGAGUCUCCCGCUCCGCCAUCGACGACACCAUAACCCAAAACCUCAACGCCCUCGUCACUCCCUCCCGCGCUGGCUUCGACCCGUCCUCUACUACCCAGCGCAGCCCCCGGCCCUUAUCCCGGCAAAUCGACCCCGCCGCCUGCCAGGAAUUCAAAGACCAAGUGUUGUUCCCCUCGUGGCAAGCGCGGUCGCAGGUGUUGAGCUACUGCGCGCUGGUGGCCACCUCGCCGGACCCGGACGACCCGGAGGCGGCGAUCCGGGAGGCCGAGAAGCAGAAGGAUCGGGAGAGGGUGGUGAAUGAACGGCUGGACCCCUACUCGGCGAGGUUUUUCCCGCGAGAGCCGAGGACGGAACAGCUGGCGAGCGUGAUCAGGAUGGAGCAGGGCGUGGAGAAUAUUGUGAGGACGAGGACGUGGGGGAUUGUGGGGGAGAGGUGUGGGAGUGAUGGGAAGACGUGGGAGCAGGCUUUGGGAGAGUGGAGGAGGGAUAAGCAUUUGCCGUUGGCGUGAAGAUGAUUUUUUUUUUUGUGCUGAUGGCAGUGGGUGAUGUGGUCGCUUAUGAAGAGAUGAAGGUGAGGGAAGGAAGGGGUGUAAGUGAAAAAGUGUGUGCUAAGCAUUGGGUAUGGCGUAUUAGGAUGUGUGACCAUAUGAAUGGUUGUAAUUGUAGGGUAAUGGGAUCUUCUGUCAAUAUAUCUGAAGAAAGAAGCGAAAAUAUCUACAUCAAAUUACUAAG